UAUUUUCAUAUGGCGCAUUUUUAUAACAACUGUUUUCGGAAUACGAGAAGCCGCCAAGUGUGAAUUCUCUUGCUAACUGGCGUCGUUUUGUUAGGGUCUGUACUUUUUUGAAUAACAUUUUCUUCCUAACGAUUUAGGAUGCCUGGUUAUCAACAGAGAGGAUAUGGAGGUCCCCCUGUUGGUGGAUUUAGAGGUGGCCCAAAUCGUUAUGGCGGUGGUGAUGGUGACCCAGAUCCCAAUUCAGAACAGUUCAGAAAACUUUUUAUUGGUGGCUUGAGCUUCGACACUGACGAAAACAGCUUAAAACAGUAUUUUUCAAAAUGGGGUGAGAUUGUCGACUGCAUAGUGAUGAGAGAUCCCAACAGCAAAAGAUCUAGAGGUUUUGGAUUCAUCACAUACAAGGACAAAGACAGUGUUGACAGUGUACAGAGGGAUCGGCCACAUAAAAUAGAUGAUAGAGAGGUGGAAACAAAGAGAGCCAUGCCCAGAGAUGACCCAAGCAUUAACAAUCAACAGACAGUGAAAAAAAUGUUUGUUGGAGGUCUCAAAGAGGAUACUACAGAAGACAUGAUAAGAGAAGUGUUUUCAGAUUAUGGUGAAAUUGAACUUGUAGAUCUAAUUACAGAUAAAAAUACUGGCAAGAGUAAAGGCUUUUGCUUUGUUACAUUCAAAGACUAUGAUUCAGUGGACAAGUGUGUUUUGAAAAAAAGAGUUAAUUUGAAUUCACGAAAAGUUGAAGUGAAGAAAGCAUUUGCUAAAGGAGAAAUGGAUGCUCGAGGUCGUAUGCCUGGACUGGGGAUGGGCAUGGGUAUGGGAAUGCCCAUGGGUCGUGGAGGUCGUGGUGAUUUUGGUUUUGGUGGUAACCAAGGCUAUGGCGGUGGCUAUGGAAGUGGUUAUGGACCUGGAUAUGGAGGGGGAUAUGGUCAAGGUGGAUGGCAGGGAGGUUACAAUGAUUAUGGCAACUAUGGACCAGGACCAAACCAGGGAAAUUCUCGUUAUGGAGGAGGCAACAAUUACAGUGGCGGAAAUGGCUAUGGUGGGUUCAACAGACGAUGAUGAGCAGUGCUCGUCUUCAUUUUUCUCAGGCAGGUUCAAUGGCAUUUAUGCGAGAAAGGCAGGCAGGCGGGAAAGCUAGUGUGAGGUCUAGUUUCUAGUCUGGACAAGUGUGAAUGUUGAAUGUAUACGGUACUACAAAAGACGGAGCUGACUUACAAAUGUGAAUUGUAUGUGUGUUUUGUACAUGAAUAAAUGACUAGAACUGAGGGGGGACAUUUGCGUCCCCCCAUCUAAACCUAAAGGCAGCAGCGCAGAACUAGACUAGCCACCCGUGGAAGAAGGCCCCGUCAGAAAAAUGUUUGUACAGUGGGUUGACCAGGCGUUCUUCAUCCCUCUGAGACAGAUAUCCCUCCCUUGAGUGGACUUCUUUUAUAUUUCCCAAGUGUGAUACUUACAUUGCAAUGUGAUUUCAGAUUAUGUUGUAUACUCCUUGGGAUUUUGGCCAAUGCAGAGGAACAUCUUGAGUCCAGAGAGUGUCUCUAGAAGAUGAACGCUUUGGUCAAGAGGAAAGAAGUAUCAUUCAUCAAAAUCAUGUCUAGCUCUUUCUAUGUUACGGGGUUUGCGAUCUAGGCAGUUUUUCUAACGGUCCAGUCCAUUUCUAAGGGUUUUUUCAGGCCAUUUCUAGUGAUUUCCUUACACAAGGUGGCAUGCAGGCUUGGAAGCUCAUCAUUUGGGGCAUUCAUUUUAACCUUUUUUUAACAUCACAUAGCAUUGUCAUUUUUUUAUAUUUUUUUUGACAUUCCAUUUUGUCAACCAUAUUUAUUGUCAUUUAGUCACCAUCAUUUGCUUUUUUUUUAUUUUGUCCUAUUGAAUUGAUGUUGGUCAUGUGUAAGCUAUUCAUUUUCAUCUAAACAAAAAUGGUUGUUUUAAUUUUGUUUUAUUUGUACAUGUGCUUCCAAGCCUCUUGCACUCCAUCUUUUGCUAUGGCUAGAUCAUUUCUCAAGCUACUGACAAAGGUUGACCGGGUUAUAGGAUUAGACCUGUGUGGCUCAAAUAAUACAGGCCUAGAAGCUUGCUCUUUCUGCAUUCUAGGCCUGCAGAAUUUUGUCACACUGGACUAAUACUUAGUAUACAAUUUUACUCUUUAGACAGUGGUACUACCAAUGGAAAUGCCAUUUGGUAAUGCCACCCAUUAAAUCUUGAAAGGAACUAGUUUAGCGUUAUGGAGCCAUUGCCUCCCCUCCACCUCCAGCCUCUACUACCGGUCUGCCAACCUCCAUAGGAUGUGAAGGAAACAGAAAGUGAAUCAGUUCAAGUAGAGCCCAUUGUCCAAUCUCCUAGUAGUUUGUACAGUGUUAGAACAACGUGCCAUUUUUUUUUUGUUUGCUACAAACUUGUUGAUCAUAAAUACUUUUAUUUAUAUUGUAAUGAAAUGUUUACUUGAUUUUUUCUUCUGAAUAAAAUGAUUUUGAGUUUAUGAUGUCAAGGAUUAUCAAAAGAUAUUCAUAAGUCCUUUGACAUUUGUUGUGCUGGCACAUUUAUUAAUUGUAAAGGGCCUUUUGUACUGUUGCUUGCUUUCUUGUUUCCCUCAUAGAUAGGGUUAAAUAGCUGUAUUGGUUAGGCUGAAUUUGCUUGAGAGAAACAGACUUACUGUAAUGUACUAAAACAGAAUCAGGUAGCAGUAGCUGUACUCAUCAGUCGUUUUCAUUUUUUUUCCUUUUUUUUUUUUUUUUUUUUUU